GAUUUUAUUUAUUUAUUCAUGAGAGACCCAGAGAGAGAGGCAGAGGGCGAAGCAGGCUCCCAAGGAGCAGGGAGCCGGAUGCGGGGCUCGAUCCCAGGACCCUGGGAUCGUGACCUGAGCCGAAGGCAGACGCUUAACCAUCUGAGCCACCCAGGCGUCCCAGGACUUUUUUUUUUUUUUUUAAAGAUUUUAUUUAUUUGAGAGAGAGACACAGCGAGAGAGGGAACACAAGCAGGGGGAGUGGAGGAGGGAGAAGCAGGCCUCCUGCUGAGCAGGGAGCCCGACGCGGGGCUGGAUCCCAGGACCCUGGGAUCAUGACCUGAGCCGGAGGCAGACGCUUAACGGCUGAGCCACCCAGGUGACCCCCCCUUUUUAAAAGAUUUUAUUCAUUUAUUUGACAGAGCGAGAGAUAGCAAGAGCAGGAACACAAGCAGGGGGAGUGGGAGAGGGAGAAGCAGGCCUCCUGCUGAGCAGGGAGCCCGAUGCGGGGCUCGAUCCCAGGACCCCGGGAUCAUGACCUGAGCCGAAGGCAGACGCUUAACCGUCUGAGCCACCCAGGCGCCCGGAGCUGAGAUUUUAAGAACGGGGGAAAGAAGGACGUCACAGGGAAAGGCUCGGAGGGAGGACUCAGGGGUGUCAUUCCUUCUGAGGGAAACUCAGGCUCCCACUGGUGACCUCCGUCCUUCAGGACUGGCUCCCCCUUUCCAUCAGACCCAGACUUCCUCAUUUGGUCUCAGUGUCGAAUUUCCUCUGUGUCUUUCCCCAUAAAAAAUGAUCGUUUCAGAACCUCCUUCAAAAGAGGAGUGUGCUGGCUGGAGUUAAAUAAUAGGCCUGUUUUUCCAUUUUGUCAGGAAAAGAACAGUAGAGUUUUCUAAUUUCUCACAUGAAUUUGCUUACCUCUCUGGCACCUGCAGCUGUCUACAGCCAGCCAGAUGCAAGCAUUCAUUGUCUGGUUGCACACCUGUGCUGGGCACGGGGCGUUGAGAGCUGCGUGAGCUUCGGGUGUGGCCGCCAGGAACCUGCUGUGGAGGAGAAAACACACGUGUGCCCGCUGGUACCUUAGCCUCAGGUCAUGCUCCUCCCAGCUCCAGUGGGGGCCACGGAGGGGGGGGCACAUGGGAGUCGGCGCCCAGCUCUCCUGCUGAAGCGCAGCGUCUUGACUCCGUUUAUUUAUCUCUCGGUACUGUGUGCAGUGCUUUGCAAGGAGCCCCGAUUUCUGGGUUCCUCACGGUUAGUACAGGGAGGGCAGGACCGCACCCUUAUGCCACUGACGUUGUGACUUGGCCCCAAGUCCACAUGUUGCCUUUCAGCCUUCUGAACUCUGGGGUGUUGAUUUCUCGCCUCAUGCGUUCUUCCCUCGGCCAGGGGAGAGUGUGUGCCUCGUCCUUUCCCUCCCUUUCAGCUUCCUCUGCUCCAGAUUUUGACAAGCCCUGUUUCCUUUCGGCUGGAAGAGGCUGCAGCAGUCCAGACGUGCACGGCCCAAGCAGAGGUGCUCUGGCAAGGAUGAGCAAACUGAGGCCCAGAGAUGGGGAGCCACUCUCCUGUGUGCGCACAGCCGGGCUUGGUUAUGAUCCGUACAACCCUGAGCUGCCCAAGCCGCCUGUGCAGAGGGAGAAUGGAGCCCUGGUCAGAGGGGAUGAGCCCCGCUCGGACAUCCUGGAGCUGGAGCUGGUCAAUCAGGCCAUUGAGGCCGUGCGCUCGGAGGUGGAGCUCGAGCAGCGGCGGUACCAGGAGCUCCUGGAGACGGCCCGAGAGCACAGCUCCGCCGAGGCCCCCGCCGUGGCGCCCCGAGGCCCUGCCGCUUGCCCUGCCGCUGGCCUGGACGAGGACGCCUUUCCACUGUCCUUCGAUUACAACCCUGGUGGCCGCCCUGGCCUCCUAAGCCCUGAUGCCAGCUACCAGCCCACUCCUCUGGCCGCCGCCGCCGAGGCAGGCAGCAAGUACUCGCUGGCCUCUCUGGAUCGGGCGCAGGGCCAUGGCGGAGGGGGUGGCAGCACCCUGGAGUACGUCCCCAAGGCUGUGAGCCAGCCCCAGCGAUACGGCCGCCCCGUCCCCAGCAGCAAGUACGUGUUGGACGACUCCAAGCCGUCCACGGACCUGGAGUACGACCCACUGUCCAACUUCUCCGCCCGGCUGCUCAGCAGGGCCAGUUCCAAGGACGACAGGGCCCCCAAGAGGCCCAGGGGCUCCCGGGGUAGUGAACCCUACACGCCCGCCCUCAAGAAGCCCUGCGACCCCUUUGCUGGCUGCGACGCCAGGUUCUCAGACUCGGAUGAUGAUGCCGCCGCAGCUCCGCCUGACGUGCCCGUCACCACCAGCCCUCCGAGAUCCCAGGCGGGCCCCGAGAGCAAGGCCCCCGGGCAGCCAGGCUCCAGGGAGAGCCAGGACGCUGAGGAGGGCGGCCUGCGGGAGACCAAGGAGAUGGCAGUGCAGUAUGACGUGGAGGACCUUGGGCAGUCCCCCAAGGGUCCCGGGGGGACACUCGUGGCCAAGCCCAGCUCCCCGGCCAGGGCCUCCCGGGAGCCCGGUGACUCCAAGCAGGGAAGACCCAAGAAGAAGAAAAGUGGGGCACUGCCUGCCCCCGGCCACAAGGACGGCGUCCGGAAGAAGGACAGGGGCAAAGACGGAGAGCGUGGGAGGCCAGCCGGGAAGCCCUGUGCAGACAGGAGGGGCCCACAGGCUGGCAGCCCCCGGCAGAGGGCCGAGCAGCCCGAAGGGACCAAGAAAAAGCCAUCUUCGGCCACCCCGGUGGCCAGCUCAGGGAAAAGCCGGCCCGACCGCGGGGGUGUCCACCAGCUGCCAAACAGGCCCGGCGGGAAGACCGCGUCGGGGAAACUGGCCGAGCGGAAGGCCCGCUCGCUGGACGAGGGUCCCUCCCGGGACGCCCCCAAGCUGCAGAAGCGGGCCCUGAGCCACGCAGACCUCUUCGGGGACGAGAGCGAGGAUGAAGGCCCGGGGCCCGCGGCGCCCCCCGCCGCCCCGCCCCACCUCAGCUCCACCUCGGACUCCGACUCGGACUCGGACAGCAGCCUGGGCUACUCAGCGGCUCAGGGGCCGCGCAAGCGCCUCAAGGCCCCCCCGCCUGCCCGGCCUGCCCCCGCCUCCCCCUCCCCCUCCUCAUGCUCCUCUUCCUCCUCUUCCUCUUCCUCCUCCGGGGUGGGCGGGAGCGUGGACUACGCCGCUCUGGAGAAGGAGGUCGACUUUGACUCCGACCCCAUGGAGGAGUGUCUGCGCAUCUUCAACGAGUCCACCAGCGUGAAGACGGAGGACAGGGGCCGGCUGGCCCGGCAGCCCCCCAAGGAAGAGAAAAUCGAAGACAAGGGGCAUUCGGGUUUGACCACUCUGUUCCCUGGGCAGAAGAGGAGAAUUUCUCAUCUCUCCAAGCAAGGCAAGGAGGCAGAGCCUGUGAGGAGAAGCCCAGCUCCCCCGGCCCGGCCUCUCACCGCCCAGGAGGUAUGCUAUCGGCGGGCCCAGCAGGCCCAGAGGGACUCUGCUACCUGGCUCCAGGCUACCCAGCAGCUGGCUGAGAAGCCCUCUUCCAUCCAUAUCUCAGCCCCUGGCGAGAGGAGGAGGAUCGCCCACGUUCCCAACCCCCGUCUGGCUGCCGCCCCCACAGGUGCCAAGAGGGCCCUCGCCGCCAGCAGCAGCCAGCCUCCCAAUGGCCCCGAGCCGGGCAGCCAGCCCCUGAAGGCGCGUACGUUGUCGGGCAUGGCGUCCAAGACCACCACCACCGUCACCCCCAAGCGCGUUGCCCACAGCCCAUCUUUACAGAGUUUAAAGAAGCCCGUUAUCCCCAAAGAGUUUGGGGGCAAAGUCCCCACGGUCAUCCGCCAGCGAUAUCUGAACCUGUUCAUUGAGGAGUGUCUCAAGUUCUGCUCUUCAAACCAGGAAGCCAUAGAGAAGGCGCUGAACGAGGAGAAGGUGGCCUACGACCGCAGCCCCAGCAAGAACAUCUACUUGAAUGUCGCCGUGAACACUCUCAAGAAGCUGCGGGGCCUGGUCCCCAGCUCCACGCCCGGUCUCAACAAAACCGGCGGCCGGAGGGUUGUGUCCCAUGAGAUGGUGCUGGGAGGCAAGUUGGCCACCAAGACCAGCUUCUCGCUCAGCCGCCCGAGCAGCCCCCGGGUGGAGGAUCUGAAAGGGGUCGCCCUGUAUGGCCGCCUCAAGGAGUACUUGCUCACCGAGGACCAGCUCAAAGAGAAUGGCUACCCCUUCCCGCACCCCGAGCGGCCGGGGGGCGCCGUCAUCUUCACGGCUGAGGAGAAGAAGCCCAAGGACGCGUCCUGCAGAAUCUGCUGCCGCUGUGGCGCCGAGUACCUCGUGUCCCCGUCGGGCCGCUGCGUGCGGGAGGAGGAGUGCUGCUACCACUGGGGGCGGCUCCGCCGGAACCGGGUGGCUGGCGGCUGGGAGACUCAGUACACGUGCUGCUCGGCCGCCAUCGGCUCCACUGGCUGCCAGGUCGCCAAGCAACACGUGCAGGACGGCCGGAAGGAAAACCUCGAAGGCUUUGUGAAGACUUUCGAUAAAGAACUUGCGGAAGACGCUCACCCAGGGAUCUUCGCCCUCGACUGUGAAAUGUCCUACACCACAUAUGGCCUGGAGCUGACGCGCGUCACGGUGGUGGACACGGACAUGCAGGUGGUUUACGACACCUUCGUCAAGCCAGACAACGAGAUCGUUGACUACAACACCAGGUUUUCAGGGGUGACCGAGGCUGACCUCGCCAACACGAGCAUCUCGCUCCGGGACGUCCAGGCCGUCCUGCUGAGCAUGUUCAGCGCCGACACCGUCCUCAUCGGACACAGCCUGGAGAGCGACCUGCUGGCCUUGAAGGUCAUCCACAGCACCGUGGUGGACACGUCCGUGCUCUUCCCGCACCGCCUGGGCCUCCCCUACAAGCGCUCCCUGCGGAACCUCAUGGCUGACUACCUCAGACAGAUCAUCCAGGACAAUGUGGACGGGCACAGCUCCAGCGAGGACGCCAGCGCCUGUAUGCACCUGGUGAUCUGGAAGAUCCGAGAAGACGCCAAGACCAAGCGGUGACCGCUGCCGCCUGCCCGCCUUCCCCGCAGCCCCGGCCCGGCCUCUACCCCAGGCCUCUUCCAAAACAGUGCAAUAAAUCUCGAGAGCUAACCCUGUCCACGUCGCCAAGACAUGGAAACAGAGAGAGCGGGACGAGCCGGCGGCACGAGAGCCCCACGCCGAGACCACCUGGAGCCCUGCCCCCCACCCGGCCCCUUGCGCCGCCCCCGCCUUCUGUCCUCUGGAGACCGCUGCUGACUCCCGGUGGAGGCCGGGACAGACCCCCCCCCGGCCCCCCCGUGGGCCCUGCUGCGUCCCUGGCAGCCAGACCUCCUGCCCCUCCUCCUGCCGGGCAGGCUUUUCGUGGGUGUGUUUGAGACAGGGGUUUUUUUUAUUUUGUAUUGUUAUUUUUAUUAUUUGUAAUUUAAACCUGACGACUCGCACAGUUGUCUUUUCCCGCCCGGAGAAGCAAGACCCUGGUGCUGCCUUCCCUGUUGGGGGCGGGGGAGGGGGAGAAGUUGGGGGGCCGGGAGCCGACAAGCUGUCCCCUUGGCAGCCACCAGGACCGAGAGUCCAGCCUGGCCUGGGCCAGAUGGGUGGGAACUGGCCUCCCCAAACCCACCUGGACUCCGUGACCUCUGGGAACCAAGCCAGCCCCCCUGCCCCCCCCAGGGCCUCGCCUUCCGGACCCCUCCAGGGCCCAUCAGCCUCUGGACCCUGUCUUCCUGCCAGAGCCCCACCCUCCCCAGGGGCUGUGUGUAAAGGCCUGCAGCCUCCCCAGGGCCCUGAGCCCCUCUCCCCCAACCCGAGGCAGGGACGGAAUAAAUGUUUGUAUGGAUUUUA